UUUAACAAACUGUUCACUGAAAUGAACUAAAAAUAGUCCAGAUUGAACUUGUACAGACUCACCAUGGAUUUUGCACGCUGUCAAGUCCAUAGUUCUGGUAAUUGUGUGUAAUAUUUGGACAUUUUUUGACUGACUGGGACAAAUGCAGCUCAAGACAGCCUCAGGGAAGUCCGGCUGGUGCCAUGUGACUCCUCCGCUGAACCCGAGCCCCGUACGGUAUGUCAGCCGUCAUGUGGAGCCCGCACACCGGUAAGUGACACCGCCUGAGCCCGGUGACGUCCAACGGAGCAGCUCCACGUCGACUUUCCCGGCUCCUGGGGUAUUUCCCGCGUCUUAAAGUCAGACACGAGGGUUAAGGUUUGGAUUAGACUCAAGAAAAGAGCGUGCAAACAGCCUGGUGGACAGGAAACUUCACACGGAGACAUGCGCUCGUUGGUGGGACUAGCGGCCAUAGUGACGGCUGCGAGCGUCUACCUGUACCUGCUGUCCACGCACCUUCCCCGGGGAGUGAGGGCGGGCGGGCCCGGGGCAGAGCUGGAGGACGAGGAGCACGAGUACAGUCUGAAGUUCCCCUCUGACCUGGAUGAGCUGAAGGAGCUGGCGGACAUGUUGAAGCUGUAUAAGAGAGAUCACCAUGGAUACGUGGUGCUGCUCUUCUGCUCCGCCUACCUCUACAAACAGUCCUUCGCCAUCCCGGGGUCCUCCUUCCUGAACAUGUUAGCGGGGGCCAUCUUUGGGCCGUGGGAGGGUCUGCUCCUGGCCUGUCUGCUCACCACCACCGGCUCCACCUUCUGUUACCUGCUCUCCUCCGCCUUCGGCAAACAGUACGUGGUCCAGUUCUUCCCCGACAAGGUGGCCCUGCUCCAGAGGAAGGUAGAGGAGAAUCGCAGUAGUCUGUUCUUCUUCCUGCUCUUCCUGAGGUUCUUUCCUAUGACUCCAAACUGGUUCCUGAACAUCACGUGUCCUGUGCUCAGUGUGCCCAUGCCCAUCUUCUUCUCCUCCGUGUUCAUAGGCCUGAUCCCAUAUAACUUCAUCUGUGUGCGCACCGGCUCCAUCCUGUCGCAGAUCUCCUCUCUGGACGACAUCUUCUCUUGGGGCACUCUGGCUCAGCUGCUGGCCAUCGCCCUCAUGGCCCUGCUCCCGGGGGCCCUCAUCAAGCGCUACAGCAAGGGACAUCUGAAGGUGGACGACUUGGACGACUGUCACGGAGACAAGAGACAGGAGACCAGUCACAAGAACGAGACACACAGGGAGCACAAGAGGCGGUGACUGUUGGGCCUCGGAGGACAGGAGGGGGGCAGGGCGGCCCCGUGGACAGGAGGAAAGGGGAUGAGAGGAGCACAGGGGACGAGAUGGACUUGUCUUUAAAGUGGAAAGUGACAGACUGCCAACUGAUGCCAAAGUGUUUACUGUGUUUACUGUGCCAUGGAGAAUUCAAAGUGCCUCAUUUCAGAAUCCUGAGCACUUAUUUAUAUGCUGCAUUUUUAAGAGGGGCUGGUGCUAAAUGUCUUACGUUUAUUUUCAUGUGUCUAAUAUGAAAUGUGCUCAUGUGUCUUAAUACUCAGCUAGUGAAAGAGUUUUUUCUGGGAGUUUAAGUUUUAUCAGGCUCUAUUGCUGCAGAGUCUAAACCAUUUUCCAUCACUGCACUUAGGCUCCAAUCUCAUCUGAGUUGGAGGUGAAUAAAACACAUCUCAAAAACCUCAUCUUUAUAACAAAACACACACCCACACACAUUAAAAAAAUUACAUGAGAGAAGAAACUCUGCCAGGAUGGCCAGAGGGGUGGUUUAUGAUCUGAAGGACUCAGUUUGAGUCUACAUUUUUAAAGAGCUUGAGGACGGGCAGGUCACAGUUCAGUUUUUUGGCUGAGCAGACUUGCUUGUUUAAAGCUUUGUUCUCUUUGGCUGUAAUGCUGCAGAAUCACACAGUGAUAGAGCCAACCAAGGCUUUCUAUGGUGCAGCGAUAAAACUUCAGCAGGAUGUUAAGAGUUAGAGUCUUAGAAUUUCUUGUGUAUUCUCUUAGUUUCUGCAAAAAGACAGUACAAGGGAAUUAAAAGUGGAGCUGUAAUCAAUAAACCGAAUUCUAGCAAGAGAUUUUCAAGAGUCCAAAUGACUAUAAAUAGACUUUAAAGGAAAAGAGAUGGCAUCUUCAAUGCUCCAAAUUGUCUGUACAGAAAAUAGGAUCAGGAUAUGACCUUUAAUAAUAAUCUAGCACCACACAUUCAAAGAUUUUCAGAUAAUCAUUCAAACAUGUCAGGAGCUUUCUUAGGGAAUGGAAUCAUUGACUUUUUAAAGCUGAAGAGGUCAGUGAGAACAGGAGCCAGUUGCUCAGAGCAGUUUAAGGACAUGAGGGAUGCCAUCUGGACCAGGGGCUUUCUGUACCUUCUUGGCCUUGGACAGGAGCCGCUGGACAUCCUCCUGCAUCACGGUCAAGCUGCUCCGGAAAUACAACAGAUUCAUGCGGUCUAAUUCACCUGCACUCAAACCCUUUUGUCCAGAUCAUGCCCCACCUCAAAAAAAAAAGUGUAAUUAUUGCAUUUAUUUACUACUGAAUUUCAUGGUCAUGUUUAUCCC